GCCUUCUUCACCUAUUAAAGCUCACAUAUUCCCCUUCUCUGCAUGUGAACCUUUCUCCCUCUCUCAAAAUUAGCCACUCAAAUUAGUCUCUCACUUCCUUAUUUGCUAUCCAAAAACAAAACAUCUCUCACUUCUCUGCCAUCAGUUUUCUAGCUAGCUGUCCUUUUCCUCAUCCUUAAUUCAUCCAACUCUUGGACACCUUGUUACCAUCUGAAUCCAUCUGUUUCUUGAAAUGAUGCCCCCCGAGCAUGAGACCAGCAUCACUCGGAAUCCGGCCAGCGUUCUAGUCGCCAGCCGGAUUCAGAACGCUUCCGUCCGCAUUGAUCACCCGCCUAACUCAUCCAGCAACGUGACCCCUUGUACGGAUGACCGAAUGCCAGAGCAACGACAAUCAACUCCCGCGCGAUUUUCCGUUUUACGAGAAUCGUUGCGCCCCAUAACGCUCAAGUUUGAAGAUGUGUCAUAUACGGUGAAGUUGCAGUCCACAAAGGGGGAUUGCUGUUCAUCCCUCGAGCCAAAGCCCGGUAAAACUGUCCUGAAUGGUGUGAGCGGCAUUGUCCGGCCGGGCGAGCUACUAGCGAUGUUGGGCCCAUCUGGAAGUGGGAAAACUACACUACUGACUGCCCUUGCGGGCAGGCUGCCCGGAAAGGUCUCGGGCGUGAUAACGUACAACGGGCAGUCCUUCUCGAGCUCCGUGAAACGGAAGACCGGUUUCGUUUCCCAAGACGACGUCCUGUAUCCUCACCUCACCGUGCUUGAAACGCUGACGUGCGCUGCUUUGUUGAGGUUACCAAACAAGCUCACCAGAGACGAAAAGAUCGAACAGGCAGAGUUAGUUACCGCGGAACUGGGCUUAAAUAGGUGCCAAAACAAUGUUAUCGGGGGCCCGCUUUUUCGCGGCGUCUCUGGUGGGGAGAGAAAGAGAGUGAGCAUAGGACAAGAGAUGUUGGUGAACCCAAGUCUGUUGUUGCUGGAUGAGCCUACUUCUGGGCUUGACUCGACCACGGCUCAACGGAUCGUGGCCACAUUGAGAGGACUAGCUAGAGGGGGCAGAACGGUGAUCACGACAAUCCAUCAGCCUUCGAGUAGGCUUUACCGGAUGUUUGACAAAGUGGUGGUGUUGUCGGAGGGAUGCCCGAUAUAUAGCGGGUGUGCUGAUGGGGUGAUGGAGUAUUUCGGUUCGAUUGGUUAUGUGCCCGGGUUUAAUUUCGUGAACCCUGCGGAUUUUCUCCUCGAUUUGGCUAAUGGGGUGACACCGGAUACAAAACAAGAUGAGCAACAGGACUUUCACAGCAGAGGAGAUCACCAUGAAGCUCAAACAUCCAUCAAACAGCUCUUGGUAUCUUCCUACAAGAAGAACAUGUACCCUGCCUUGAAGGAUGAGAUUAGCCCGUGCCAUGGGGGCACCCCGGUUCGAUCUGCAACCGGAGCAUUAACGUCAAGAAGCAGUGAAAAUCAAUGGACCACUAGCUGGUGGAUGCAAUUCAAGGUGUUGCUGGGAAGGGGCCUAAAAGAACGAAAACACGAGUCCUAUUCGGGUUUGAGAAUUUUCCAAGUCAUGGCCGUCUCGAUUCUUUCGGGACUUUUGUGGUGGCAUUCUGAUACAUCACACAUUCAGGAUCAGGUGGGACUUCUCUUCUUCUUCUCGAUCUUUUGGGGAUUCUUCCCUCUCUUCAACGCCAUAUUUGCGUUCCCACAAGAACGUCCAAUGCUUAUCAAAGAGCGUUCCUCGGGCAUGUACCGUCUCUCCUCCUAUUACUUUGCCCGAAUGGCUGGCGACCUACCAAUGGAGCUUGUUCUCCCAACUAUCUUCACCACCAUCACAUAUUGGAUGGGAGGACUCAAACCAUCAGUAGUCACAUUUUUACUCACACUCUCGAUCAUCCUGUUCAACGUGCUAGUCUCUCAGGGACUCGGACUAGCACUCGGUGCAAUCCUGAUGGACGUAAAACAAGCCACUACCUUAGCUUCCGUGACCAUGCUCGUGUUUUUACUAGCCGGUGGAUACUACAUUCAGCACAUUCCGGAUUUCAUAGCUUGGUUGAAGUACAUUUCGUUUAGCCACUACUGUUACAAACUUUUGGUGGGGGUUCAGUAUUCGGCCACUGAAGUAUACGAGUGCGGAUCAGGGGCGAAAUGCCGGGUACUGGAUUUUCCGGCCAUAAGCUACUUGGGUAUUGAUGAUAUCGGCUGGAAUGUCGCGGCUUUGGCAGUUAUGUUAGUUGGGUAUAGGCUGUUGGCAUAUGUAGCAUUGAGGAUGGGGCAACCUCAUUGACUUGUGGCAUUUAUAAUAAGAGAGACAACAAUUUAUAAAUUGAAGCUACAGCUGGUAGAUGCUCUCAAGUUGGUCAGAUGAACCUGAUUAAGAGUCCAUUUCAAUCUUGUAACACAUUGGCUUUGACAUUGUACGAGUAGUUAGAGUGAUAUAUUGAAGGUUACAUGUUUCUGCCCAUUACUUGGACGUAGUAAAAAAAUGAAUACCCGCAGUAUCUUGAUUGUUAUAA